GCGCACGCCAGGGGAGGUGGGACCAUGCUUUCCCUGGCCAGCUUUCCGGCUUCAGCGACCCCCUGAGUUUCGGGACUUGGGAGCUAAGGAGCGACGGGAGUGGGGACUCACCCACCCCCACCAAGCAAACCUUGGCUCAGCCGUCUAGGGUCGCCCGCUCUCCCGGGGCCAUUUCCCCGCUGCUGAAAGGCGGACCCGCUCCAGACCCACGUCCCUUUCGGAGAUGCAGAAGCUGCUGCAGCAGCUGCCUGCCAGCGCGGCCAACUUGGUGAAGUCCCAGCAGGCGGGGGCGGCGGGCGAGGAGGCCAAAAGCCCCGUCUUGGUGCCCGACGGCGCCCAACAGAGUUGGUACAGCACGUUGGAAGGCGAUGAAUCCAGGCAGCUCAAGGCGCCCGAGCAAGACGUGGUCUCCCAACACGAGAGCAGCCUCGACGGCAGCGUUGCGCAGCCGCUACGACAUGAUGACCUGAAGGAGAUGCUGGACAGCAACAAGGAUUCUCUGAAGCUUGAGGCCAUGAAGAGGAUUGUAGCAAUGAUUGCACGAGGCAAGAAUGCAUCCGAUCUCUUCCCAGCUGUGGUAAAAAAUGUGGCUUGCAAGAAUAUAGAGGUGAAGAAGCUUGUGUAUGUUUACCUGGUCCGAUACGCGGAGGAACAGCAAGAUUUGGCCCUGCUCUCCAUCUCUACCUUCCAGAGAGGACUCAAGGAUCCCAAUCAGCUGAUCCGAGCCAGCGCCCUCCGCGUUCUCUCCAGCAUCCGUGUGCCCAUUAUUGUGCCCAUCAUGAUGCUAGCCAUCAAGGAGGCAGCUUCUGACAUGUCCCCCUAUGUACGCAAAACGGCUGCUCAUGCCAUCCCCAAGUUGUACAGCCUUGAUUCAGACCAAAAGGACCAGUUAAUAGAGGUCAUCGAGAAGCUUCUGUCAGAUAAGACAACUCUGGUGGCUGGCAGUGUCGUGAUGGCCUUUGAGGAGGUCUGCCCCGAACGCAUUGACCUCAUCCACAAGAACUACCGCAAGCUGUGCAACCUGCUGAUUGACGUGGAGGAAUGGGGCCAGGUGGUGAUCAUCAACAUGCUGACGCGUUAUGCUCGCACCCAGUUCCUCAGCCCCAACCAAAACGAGUCCCUCCUGGAAGAGAGCUCCGAGAAAGCUUUUUAUGGUUCCGAAGAGGAAGACUCCAAGGACGACAAAGCGGAGCCGGCGUCCUUGGUGAAGCGCAAGCCAUACGUCAUGGACCCCGACCACCGCCUGCUCCUGCGCAACACCAAGCCCCUGCUGCAAAGUCGCAAUGCUGCGGUAGUGAUGUCCGUUGCUCAGCUCUACUUCCACCUUGCUCCAAAGGCUGAAGUUGGGGUCAUCGCUAAGGCACUGGUGCGUCUCCUCCGGAGCCACAGUGAGGUCCAGUAUGUGGUGCUUCAGAAUGUGGCCACCAUGUCAAUCAAGCGCAGGGGAAUGUUUGAACCAUACCUGAAAAGCUUCUACAUCAGAUCCACAGACCCCACCCAGAUCAAGAUCCUCAAGCUGGAAGUUCUGACCAACCUUGCAAACGAGACCAACAUCUCCACCAUCCUGCGUGAGUUCCAGACUUACAUCCGGAGCAUGGAUAAAGACUUCGUGGCAGCCACCAUCCAGGCCAUUGGCCGUUGCGCCACCAACAUUGGCAAAGUGCGUGACACAUGUCUCAAUGGCCUUGUGCAGCUGCUGUCCAACCGAGAUGAGCUGGUUGUGGCCGAGUCUGUGGUUGUCAUUAAGAAACUCCUGCAGAUGCAGCCGUCUCAGCACAGCGAGAUCAUCAAGCACAUGGCAAAGCUGACCGACAACAUCCAGGUACCCAUGGCUCGUGCCAGCAUCUUAUGGCUGAUCGGCGAGUACUGUGAGCAUGUGCCCAAGAUUGCCCCAGAUGUGCUGCGUAAGAUGGCCAAGUCCUUCACCAGUGAGGAGGAUAUUGUGAAGCUCCAGGUCAUCAACUUGGCAGCUAAGCUUUACCUGACCAACUCCAAGCAGAGCAAGCUGCUGACCCAGUAUGUGCUGAACCUGGCCAAGUACGACCAGAAUUACGACAUCCGGGACCGUGCCCGCUUCAUCCGCCAGCUCAUUGUGCCCACCGAGAAGAGUGGGGCCCUCAGCAAGUAUGCCAAGAAGCUCUUCCUGGCCCAAAAGCCCGCCCCAAUCUUGGAGUCCUCUUUCAAAGACCGUGACCACUUCCAGCUGGGCUCGCUUUCGCACCUCCUCAAUGCCAAGGCUGUAGGCUACCAGGAGCUCCCAGACUGGCCCAGCGAAGCUCCCGACCCAUCUGUGCGCAACGUGGAGGAAGAGUCAAUCGGCCCCAUGGAAAGCAACAUUGGGCUGCUGGGCGAGCGGAUAGAGGUUCCAGAAUGGACCAAGUGCACUAGCCGCGAGAAGAGGAAGGAGAAAGUUGAGAAGCCCUUCUAUUCUGAUUCAGAGGGAGAGUCCGGGGCAACAGAAUCUGCUGACAGUGGUGAGAGGAGAAGGGGCCAUUGCUCAGGGUUAGAAUACUUGCUUUGCAUGCAGAAGGUCCCAGUUUCAGUCUGUGAGGAGGAUGAGGAGGAAGAGCAGAGCAAUAAAAAGGUGCUGGCCAUGAAAAGGGGCCCAGAAUCCUCGUCUGAGGAGGGCAGUGCAUCCGAGAGCAGCUCGUCGGAGUCCGAUUCUGGCUCCGAAGCAGAGGAACCCCACUUGGAGAAGGAAGUGAAAAAGAAAAGGACGCCUCCUAGCAGCAAACCUGCUCCAAAAGCCCCCAAGAAAGGGGUAAAAGAGAUUUCCCUGCUCGACCUAGAUGACUUCACACCCCCUCCCCCACAGUCAGUUGCCUCCAGCCCCGCAGUUUCCACCAGCCUAGUGACCGACCUCGAGGGGCUCACCCUGACUGACACUUCUCUAGCAGCUGCUAUGAUCAGUCCUGGGUUUGGUGCAGUAAAGACGCAUGAGCUGCUGCAUCGCAUGACGGGAGAGGGGCUGUCUGUCGAGUAUUACUUCAGCCGACAGCCUUUCACCCCUGAUUCCCGUAUGGUGGCUGUGCAGAUUCAGAUCUCCAAUAACACCGCUGCUGAGGUGAAGAACAUCCAUGUGAAUGAGCCCAAGCUACUCUCAGGGAUGCGUGUCCAGGAGUUCAAGGAGAUUGAGUCUCUGGCACCUGGUGAAACAGUCAGUGUUGCUAUGGGCAUAGACUUUUGUGACUCGACCCAGGCAGCCAGCUUCCAGCUCUGCACACACACACGCCAGUUCUAUGUGUCCAUCCAGCCCCCAGUGGGGGAGCUCAUGGCUCCUGUCUUCAUGAGCGAGAAUGAAUUCAAAAAGGAGCAAGGGAAGCUAACAGGGAUGAGUGAAAUCACAGAGAAGUUGACUCUACCUGACAAAUGCCAGAGUGACCACGUGAUUGUGCAACAGGUGACAUCUGCAGCCAACGUUAGCCGUGUGCCUUGUGGCUCAGAUAAGGAGUAUCGGUUCGCCGCCAAGACAGUUAGCAGUGGAAGUCUCAUCCUCAUCAUGCUGGAGAAGAAGGCGGGCAGUGUGGCACAGCUCACUAUCAACAGCGAGAAGAUGUUGAUUAGCACCAUGCUAGUAAAGGACAUUAUCCACUCCUUGACGCAGUGACCAGAAUGCUUCCUUCUCUCGUCACACCCACUUCAGUCAUCCAGCUGUCCUUCCUUCCUGGGCUCAGCCAUCUGUCUCCCUCAACCCAGCUUGUUGUGUCUCCCUGUCCUUAUGUAAAAUAUAGGUCAAAGCUGAGAUAAGGCAAUGGGAAACAAUCUACGGUAGAAAAUAAGGUGCAGCCUCUGAUGUGGACAAGAGACACUAGCUCAGCAACAAACUAGGGGAGCCUUUUGCAACCUGGUGCACACUAGAGUUUUUGGAGUACAACUCCCCAAACCUCUGGAGGGCACCAGGUUACAAAAGGCUGAAACAGGGGUUGUUGGGAUGCUGAAGAUGCCCUGUGACUCUGCCAUCCUUGUUGUGCAGUGAGUCUCCUCCCCGUUUUUCUGUUCUAUGGCUCUAUUUAUUAUGGGCAGAGAUCGUUCAAUAAAAAUUCUUCCUGGAAUUGCAAAUUCUGUUUCCUGGCUCAUCUGUAUGGUGGCAAAAGUGAGACCUAAGACAUCUCCUUUUGUUGCUCUUUCCCAGGCAUCCCCAAGCUGCAGCCCUCCAG